UACGCGGUUGGGGUGGGUUGUGUGCACUCACUCUCUCUUCACUUCUCUGUGUGUUGGGUUUCUCGGACUUGUGAUCGUUUUUAGGAUUUUACUUCUCCCCAGGUCAACAUGAACUUCUCAUUUGCGGGUUGUGGGUUCCUGGGCAUAUACCACGUGGGCGUGGCUGCCUGUCUAAAAAAAUACGCUCCCAAUUUGUUGGUGAACAAGAUUUCAGGAGCGUCUGCAGGAGCUCUUGCGGCCGUGUGUCUGCUGUGUGACUCACCGCUGGGAACCAUAACAUCCUCAGUGCUCAAGACGGCGACAGAGGCCAGGCGGAGGACUCUUGGACCCUUCAGUCCAACAUUUAAUGUGGAGAAGCUGCUGAGGGAAGGUCUGCUGAGUAUUCUGCCGGACGACGCCCAUAAGAUUGUCAGCGGCAAGUUGUUCAUCUCUGUGACCCGUGUGAGUGACGGCAAAAACAUCCUCCUCUCCCAGUUUGACACACGAGAGGAACUUGUCCAGGCCCUACUGUGUUCAGCGUUCAUCCCCGGGUUCAGUGGCUGGCUGUGUCCUAAGGUGAAGGGAGUGAGGUAUAUUGACGGAGGCUUCACUAACAACCUUCCCGAGGUGGACGAAAACACCUUCACUGUCACGCCGUUCUGUGGUGAAGCGGACAUCUGCCCUAAAGACAGUACGGCCGGCUUGAUCACGAUCAACCUGGCCAACACCAGCAUUGAGCUCAGUAAGGAGAACUUGUACCGGUUUGCCCGCAUAUUGUUUCCCCCGCCGCCCCAAGUCCUCAACAAGAUGUGUCAACAAGGUUUUAACGACGCCCUCGACUUUCUCCAGAGAAACAACUUGAUCAACUGCACGAGAUGUCUGGCUGUUAGUUCUAAAUUUAACAUAACGGAAGCAGAGAGUCACUCCAUGGAGAUGGAUGAGUUGGGUUGUCUUGACUGCUGUAAACAUGGAAAGGAGGCCAUCAUAGACCAACUCCCAGAGGCUGUUGGAUGUAUUCUACAAGAUGCCAUCAACAACGCCAACCAAGGCCUCAUGAACUGGGUCUUCAAACACAAGUCUAUGAAGCUUUUGUCCAUACUGACACUACCUUAUGUGUUGCCCAUUGAUGUUGCCUAUGCUGCCUUCCUCAAGUUCAUGGGUUCAGCGCCAACAACCCAUGACAUCAAGAACUUGGCUGGACAGAUGAUCACCCUGGUCCAGGCAAUGAUCCGCUCCUCCUCACAGUCGACUCUGCACCACCAGCAUCACCAUGACAGCAAGUUCUCCUGCCAGCUGGCCAUCACACAGUUCUCAGGUCAAGUGGAGAUGCAACACCUCCAGAACCGUCACAACUUUGACUUUACUCUUGAUCUGGACGACCUGAAGGGUGUACCACAGAGCCACAAGGACGCCAUGUUGCUGGAGUCUCAAGCCUUGACCGAGGUGGCUCUGCGCUGUGCCGCACGCUCCGUGUCUCGGGCCACGUCAAGACCCGGCUCACGCAUUGCAUCUCGCUGUGCUUCCCGGGCGGUCUCGAGAGCCGUGUCUCGUAGACCAUCGCUCAACGACCUGUCAGACCCAAGUCUUUAUGAUGGAGUUACUGAAAUUCUACCCGGGCAGAUCACCGACGAUGCCUUUGAACAAAUACUGGACGUUACCAAUCGGCAAGAGGCCCUCAUGGCUUACUACUAUCUGGAUGAUAACAAUGAGGUGCAAGUGACGGAGAUCUUUGACAUGACGAAGGACGACGGCAGUGAAGGAGGCGUUGCUGAAGGAGACGUAGCUGAAGGAGGCGUUGCUGAAGGAGGCAUUGCUGAAGGAGAGAUAGAGAUGGAUGAUAAUCAUUGGGACUUGAGGAAGGAGAUUCUCACCAAGAACUGGUCUCAGAGAGUACGCAACACCUCCUGUGACUCACAGGAAGACUACGAGGGUGACUUGAGCUCUUGUGUGGUGUCAGACACAGAGUCAGAACACUGCCACAGAGUGAACAAUGAUCCUGAGUCUGACCAAGUCCUGGCACCAACACCUCCGCCCUCGUCCUCUGCCGUCAUUUAAGGGUCAAUUAUUGUAAAAUUUUAAUUUAUUUCAUAUUAACUGAGGGACUGAGUUUGUUGUUCCAAUAUGAAGUAUUUGUUGAAGAUGAAAAUUAUGUAUAAAAUGUGCUAUUUGAUGUUGUAUUAUGUGCUUCAACUUGUGCUCACAUAUUGUACCUAUAGCAUCUCAGUCAAUUUAUGUUUUAUAUACGUACAGUAAUAAAUUUUGCUGUAUCAGCAAACUUGUAGAGCAGCUGUAUGUGUACACAGUACAGUAUAGUAUAGUAAAAUACAGUAUAUACAGUACUGUACUGUACGGUGAUGUUGAUUGGUAUGACCUAACUAUUGUGGUCAGACACCAUAAGUAACUAAGACUACACAGAUUGAGUAAGGAGUGCUGUAUACUGUACUGUAGUAGUAUGUGAUAUAAAUAUUAUGACUAAGUGAUGAAUACAAGUACUGUAUUGUUUAAGUACAGUCAUGGGUCACUGUGCACUUCCAUCUUUGUAACCACACAAUACUGAAACAUUCCAAGUUACACUCUGUUGUGAUCAUUUACCUCAUGUUGCCUCUUCACACAGAUACAGUACUGGACGUUUAUAAAUGUUCUCUACAACCUGGUAGACAGGUACAGUACAGUACAGUACUGUACAAGAGGAGAACUACUGAUACUUAGUGUAAGAACAAUAUACGUACAGUACAGUACUGUACAAGAGGAGAACUACUGAUACUUAGUGUAAGAACAAUAUACGUACAGUACAGUACUGUACAAGAGGAGAACUACUGAUACUUAGUGUAAGAACAAUAUACGUACAGUACUGUACUGUACAACUGGAGGGCAGGACUGUGAUCAUAGAUAUAAGUGGACUUGUACAGCUUUACAUCAGACACAGAUACUGUACCAGUAACCUAACCCUGGUGCCAACGGCUAGUUUUUAUGGUUUACAAAACUGCUCAACUAGUUUAGUUAAUAUAACAAUAUAAAAUAUAUUUAUGCUGUAUAUGAAUCUAUUGAAAUUUUAUACUCACUUUGAAUUAAAAGUCUUACUGUACAUUAGUGAGACAUUAAGUGUUGAAUUUUUGGAGUUUAAAACUGUUCAAUGCCUGCACACCUUACUCUUGAUAUGUCUUCCACAGUGAAUAUAUAAUGAUCAUUGUGGUAGUGCAGUGUAGUGUGAUAGUGUACUGUAUAUUUCUUGUAAACACAUCUUUAUACUAUACAUUACAGUUCACACUUGUCAGAUAACUUAAUCUCAAAUAUUUUGUUUUGAUAAGAAAAAGAAACAAGAGUGUACAGUACAGACACUCCUGAGCUGUGUUGUGUCAGGCAUCCAUUAUAGUUCCUGGUGUUGUAUUGCCAUUUUAAUGCUGUAUUAGUGUUUAUUUGGUUUAAUUCUCAAGUUUGUUCCCUAAAAUGUGGUGAUAUUAUGAUAUACUGUACUGUAUGUUGUUACAAGUGCAGUCAUUCACCAGACCAGACCUGGUGUCAGGCUGGAGGUCUCCACCGCUCUCAUGACCUAAAAACCAUUUUAUCCUUGUUUGUUCUACCAUGUAAUGGAGGAACAUUUUUAAAAGAUCUUAUUAUUGACUGUUAAUGUCUUUGCAGAAUGUUUCAGUUUCUUUGCAUUCAAUCACCAAUUUAGUUAUUUGUGAGAAUAGUGUAAUUACUCUACCAGUCUUUUAAAAAAAAUUAUGGUGUUAGUAAAGUUUAUAUUACAGAGCCUAGAGUAAGCGUAUCUACUGUAGCUCUCAUAUUGAUCCAUUAAAGUAUGCGUAAUGGUGAACAGAGUUCUCGUCAACCCCACUGGGGAAGAUGAAGUCUCCCGCUCUGUGUUGUGGUUCAAGAUAUUUUCCUUACGGGUUUUAUUUCUCAGAUCUUCAUUUGUUCAAUAAUUAUUAAAAUUUUUGUGGGUUGUUGUCCUUCACAUUGAUUAUCACAAGUUGUAGAUAAAGAGGCCAUAAGGUUAUCAUCAUGUACCGUACAGAUGAUUGUUAUAAGUUUUGAAGAAGGCAGAUCAUUACUGUACAGGGGGUACUGUACUGAGCUGUAGGUCAGGUUAUCACAGCAGUGUUAUUAGUUUAUAAAUUUGGUCCAUUGUCUUCCAUCCCUGUGGCCGCCUCAUGUAUAAUACUGUACAGUAUACUGUACAGUAUAUAUAUAAUACAUACUGUACAGUAUAUAUAUAAUACAUACUGUACUGUACAGCUGGGGGAAUUUCUGAGUGUUACACCCACCUACGAAUUUGAACCCUACAAAUGGGGUACCACUGAUCUUGAAGGAGCUGGUAAAGUUCCAUUUUUCUGGUAGCACUGUGUAAGGGGAAAUUCUCUCAGCCCCACAAUUCUCCCUGACAAACCUAGUUGUCCCUCCUGCCUAUUAAUUGUGAGAAGUCAGUGCUGAUAAUAAGCUUUAAUAUUUCUGUGAUCCAGACAAUACCUCAGCUAUAUUGUGAUUGGCUACUGAUGCAGUAUUGUUAACGUCACCACAGAGUGAAAAGCUUCAGUAUUUUACAAUGUUUUCCUUUCCUGUUACUUCUCUAUAUUUUCAUAUAUUUUCGGGAUAAGUAAACAUAUAUCUCUGAGUCAUAAUAGCCCCUUCUGCUUAUACCCGUAAUUAACCCGCCAAAAUUAGUAACACAACAACUGUAUGCUGCACACACCCCCACCACCUCCUCCCACCCAACCCCCGACGCACUGUUACCAGAUGAUGGACUCUACCGGGUAGUUCGUGAUUCACUGGUCUGGCAGUGACAGGGUUCACAUUUGUGGGAGACUGUAGCACUCAGAACUUCCCCAACUGUACAUGCAAAUAUCUGGAAGUGUGAUCAUGUCAAAAUAUGUUUUUGUCUAUACAUGUAUACCUACCUUAUGUACCUAAUGGCCAUCCACUAGAGGUGGCCAUUCUGAGGGAAGGAGGCCAGUGGCCUGUGUAGGAUCCCUCCUUUGUUCUUGAUAGUCUUGUCAAGGGCUAUUUUGAAGCUCAGUACUGUUCUCCCUGCCACAGUUUGGGCUGGUACACCAUUCCAUAGGUCUACCACUCUGUGUAAAGAAGUAUUUCCAUAUGUUCAUUUUGCAUGACACCCUGGAGAGCUCCAAGUUAUGUCCUCUCGUGUUGGUUGUGCAUAACAUCGCUAAAAAAAUUA